AUGCACUCAACAGCCCGUCACAUCGCAAAGAAGAUUGCAACCCACCCCGAGACUAAGUCCUUUGCAAAGUCUGUCCAGAGAAACAUGGCGUCCGGCACCCCCUCCGAAACGGCAAAGGUCCAGGCUAACGCUGGGGCCGACGCGCCCACCUUUGAGUCCAUCGGCAUUAAGAACAGCGAUAUUGUCCAAAAGUCUGGGGUAUCACUGUCCCAGCCGCAGAAAGUCCUGGUCGGCAGCGUACUAGAUCUCUUUGAGGGAAACCCUACCCUGAAGCACCUGUCUUUGUGGUCCAAGACGGCUACGUUCCAGGACAACAUCACCGUCGCAGAGGGGUACGACAAGUUCGCCGCCCAGUGGUACGGUCUUCCGGCGCUGUUCAACCCCAUCAGAAUCCAGUCGCACAUCGUCACAUCGGCGGGUAAUCCCAUCGAGCUAGAAUUGAAGAACAGCUACACGGUCAAGGGAAUCAAGACCGAGCAGACCAUGGAGAGUGUCGUGCAGAUUCAGGUCGGCGACGAUGGCAAGAUUAUCAAGGUCAACGACAAGUGGAACAAUGAUCUUCCCGAGGGGGCAUUCUCCCAGGCUUUACGCAAGCUCAACGCUGUCACUGUACCGGCAUUUGUUAAGGUUCCCAAGACGGAGGAAGAGGACCAGAAACUCAAGGCUGAGCGAGAGAAACAGUGA